AUCCUCUUCUACAAUCAAAGUUCAAAACUCUUCCAAGAUGCACUUUACAAGCAAGUCCCUUCUGCUCGCCCUGGGCACUCAGAUCUUGGCUGUGAACGCCGCUCCAGUCUCGAGUGCCUCUUCCUCCGAGGUCAGUCAGCCAACGCCUCCCGCCGGGGUUGCUCAGUAUGGCAACUAUGGAGACUAUGGCAAGUACGGCAACUACGCUUCCUACGGCUCCUACAAGAGAGAUGACGUCCCCGAGGGUGAAGGUGACGAUGCUGAGCCUUCCAGCACGACUUCGGCCACUGAAACCCCUACCCCUACCCCUAUCAACUAUGGCAACUACGGCAACUACGGCCAGUAUGGCUCCUAUGGAGCGUACAAGUUCGAGAAGAGAGACGACAGCAGCGCCACGUCUACCUCUUCUACUACUGAGACGCCCACUGAGACGCCCAUCAGCUACGGCAACUAUGGCGGCUACGGGAACUACGGUGGCUACGGCUCGUACGGCUCGUACAAGAGGGACGAGGUCCCCGAAGCUGACGAGAGCAAGACCACUACCGCAUCUUCGACCCCUACCGCUACGCCUGUGGACUAUGGCAGCUACGGUAACUACGGCCAGUAUGGCUCCUACGGAAGCUACUCAGAAGCUGCUGUCGCUCAAGAAUAAGCUGCGAGUGACGGUUGUGACCAUGUAACACGGUCGCACUUGAUGUGUAACGAGGCAACUGCCGCUAUGAAUGAAAUUUACCGAAUAAUGAGGACUUCCGGCCCAUGGACGUCAAGGCUGUCAGCAUGAACUGAAAACGUGAGACUGCAAGGGGGAAGUGCCAGCAAGGGAUGUGUGACCGUGGUUUGUGCCAGCAGCAAGGAUGGCC